AUGCACAGGCGAAGCAAACCGAUUCGAAAGCCCUCACAAAGCAAAAUCUCUCCUUUUCAUUCUUCUUUCGAUGAAUUCUUCAAUCUUCGCAUCGGCAGUCUUCACUGCGGGGAUCCCCAUAACUUCCGGUGGCGUCCGAUUAGCUGGCUUUCGGGGAGCUUCAGGAUUUCUAGGCCUAUCGGCGAGGUUCUCUUCGGGAUUUCGGGGAUUUACGGUCUUGAGUCAGAGUAUUUUUUCUCGGAGAUUGAGGAUUCCAGGGUUGGUAAUGAAGGGGCAGCGUACACUUGGCGUAACUUUUGCCACUGCCGCCACGGGGAAGAGCCUUCAUGAAUUUACCGUUAAGGAUAUUGAUGGCAAUGAUAUUUCUCUUAGUAAAUUCAAGGGGAAGGUCCUAUUAAUUGUUAAUGUUGCUUCUCAAUGUGGUUUGACAUCUUCAAAUUACACAGAGCUCUCCCAACUUUAUGACAAGUAUAAGGACCAAGGCUUUGAGAUUUUGGCUUUUCCUUGCAAUCAAUUUGGAGGCCAAGAGCCUGGAUCAAAUACACAGAUAAAGCAGUUUGCUUGUACAAGAUUUAAGGCAGAAUUCCCUAUAUUUGAUAAGGUUGAUGUAAACGGACCAAAGACAGCGCCAGUCUAUCAAUUUCUGAAGGCAAGUGCUGGAGGAUUUCUUGGCGACCUUAUCAAGUGGAACUUUGAAAAGUUUUUGAUAGAUAAAAAUGGUAAUGUUGUGGAGAGGUACCAACCUACCACUUCACCAUUCCAGAUUGAGAAUGAUAUCAAGAAGCUCCUUGCAGCAUAACAAGUUUAAUAAGUUCAUUACUAGUUGUAAGUAGCAGUUAUUUUGAGAUUUUUCAUCAUCACACUUAUAUUCAGAAUUUG